UUUACAUUUUAAGACUGUUUCAAAAUGUUUAAAAAAUAUAGAAAUUGAAUAUAAUACAUAUAUUUCAAUCAUAUUUAUCUAUGUAUAUGUACAUAUGUAUGUACAUGUAAAGAUUAUCAAUUCGGUGAUCACUUAAAAGGCGACUAUGGGAGGUUGUUAAGGUUAUAUUCGCCGACCUAUUGACAUUUUUUGUAUUGUAUGCUAUAGAAAAUGGUUCUGAUUAUAAUGCCAACAUUUAUUUUAAAUAAGCGAUACUGGAAAUUUCCACACAAAUUUAGGUGUGAUAAUGUGCAACAAAACUUAUAUGCAAAACAAAUAAAAAGUUACGAGAUAAUGAGAAUGCAAUUAGCUACUCGAAAGUCGAUUUGUCAGAGUUGGCUGAAAUCUGAGGGGCAGAAUAUCAUCAAUCAGAACCUUAGUUACACGGAACGUUUGCCAAAAGCUGGUGAGACACUGCAUGGUCAUACAUUUUUGACGGGGUACGGUGGCAAGGGCGCAAAUCAGUGUGUUGCUGCUGCACGGCUGGGAGCAAAAUGUGCCAUGAUAGCAAAAUUGGGAGAUGAUACUUGGGGUUCGAACUACUUAAAACAACUACAGACAGAGAAUGUGAAUGUUGACCACGUGGAGCAGUGUAAAGGAGCAACAACUGGAAUUGCACAGAUAAGUGUUGCAGAUAGCGGAGAAAACCAUAUAGUAAUCGUUGUGGGGGCGAACAAUUUGUUAAGUGGAGAAGAUGUAAAGAAAGCAAAGGCUUUGUUUGAAACUGCAAAAAUAUUAAUAUGCCAAUUUGAGACACCUCUUAAUGCAACAUUGGACGCAUUGCGCGCCUUCAAGGGCAUAUCCAUAUUGAAUGCAGCUCCUGCGUUGGCAGAAACACCAUCGGAUCUGAUAAAAGCUGCUACAAUCUUUUGUGUAAAUGAAACCGAAGCAGCUUUGACAACGGGUUGUGGAGAUAUCUCUACUUUAGAACAUGCCAAAACAGCAAUGAAGAAACUGCUUGAAAUGGGUGCCAAUAAUGUUAUAAUCACACUGGGUUCUCUUGGUGCUGUUUAUGUUAGAAGCGAAAACCCGCUUCAGUUUAUACACGUACCAGCAAUAAAAGUGACAAAAGUUGUGGAUACAACUGGAGCCGGUGAUGCUUUUAUUGGGGCAUUGGCCUUUAAUAUGGCUCGCUUCAGAGAUUCUCCUUGGUACAAUCUAAUAGGAGCAGCCAAUGAAGUUGCUGCAUAUUCUGUGCAACACCCGGGAACACAAGCUAGUUUUCCGAAACCCGAGCAAAUGCAACGAGUAACUGACUACACAUGGCUAGAAAUAUAAAUACCCGAACCAACAAACGCGUUUACUUUAUUUUUUAUAUUUACAAAAAUUUAUUAAAUAAAGUCUAGUCUAGCUCGGCAA